UGAUACUGUAUCUAAUACCCCCCCUUCGGAAAAGGGAAAGUAGAAUUCCGGCUCCGCGUUAGCUAUUAUCGAGCAUAAAUAGUCGUUGUCUAUAUCGUAUUAUUGAGUAGCUUUUCCCAUUUGCUGGUCCAACUUGUCCUACAUACCUAAACUCUACCAGUAUUCGCCCAUACUUCUGCACCCGAGUACAGUAAUCGGGCGUUGGCAUCUCACUUGCAAAUCCCCAUCAUAAUGACCACCUCCGGGCCGAUCAAAGACUUUCCGGCCCCGGGUCUACGCGAUCCGUUCCGGUACAUCACGGGACACAACGAGAAGGGACAAGGAGUCUUCUUACAGACGGAUCACGGCGACCACCGCGCUCAGAUGCUAGGCGGUGCUGCUGCCCAGAACAUCAUCUACAGCGCCCCCAGCAACCCCAUCCAACUCACCGACAAUGCGGACCUCGAGUUCGCCCGCAAAAACAGGCCUGCCGUCCACGUCCCCAACGGAGUCUGUGUGCGGAUGAUCGACUUCGCGCCCGGGACGGAGUCGAACAUGCACCGCGCGCUGACAUUGGGCAUCGGCACGGUUUGCGAGGGCGAGGUCGAGCUGAGCGUGGACAGCGGCGAGAAGCGGGUGCUUCGCCCGGGGGACGUGUCCAUCAACCGCGGGGCCAUGCACCGCUGGCGCAACACGUCGAGCGACAAGCCCGCGCGCAUGAUCUUCACCAUGCUCGACGUCGAGCCCAUCAUCGUAAACGGCAAAGCCCUAGAGUUCGACAUGGGAUACCUCAUGAAAGAGUACUCCGAGUACGCCGACGGCGAGGGCCCGAACAAGAAGGCCUAAGUGGGCAGAUCUUGGUUAAUCCUGCAUCCCUACGAGAGGAGGAACUAAACCACGAGUUAUUGUAAUCACUUGCAAUGCGCCCUGCUGCUUAUCAUAAUCAUCGGCUCGUUAAAUUUUACGAUAAUAUGAACACGCUGAGAAGUUUUAGCUAGUAGCGGUAGUUUGGUGCGUUAGUAUAUAGUGAGACUCGUGGCUUUGCCCGUUGAAACACUAUUCUCUAUUCAAG